UUCCGGUUCACGGUCCGAACCGGACCGUGGCCGGGUUCUAUUACUGUCACUAACCCCUCACGGAUUAGCCCAGCACCAUCGCCAAUUUGUUUCCGACGUCUGAGAGCUUCUCUAAUCUUCCUUGCCGCCGAUUGCCUCAUUUCCUAAGAAUUGGGUUUCUUAUUGUGUUGUAGCCAAAGCAAUGGCUACUGAAGAAGACUCCAUCGAACAAGCGGCUGUUGCACGUCGAGAGAGAUUGAGGGCUCUGAAAGCUGCCCAGGAACUCAUGGAGACUCCAGAUGAUGACACUCAAACUGCCAAAGAUGAUAAUCCAAGCAUGAAAUUUCGAAAUUAUGUCCCUCAAGAUAAGGAGCUUCAGGAGAGUAAGCUUGCUCCACCAGUGCUACCAAAGUUUGAAGAUCCUGUUGCAGCUGUACCUCCACCACCAGAGAAGGAAGAGGAUCCAUUUCUUAAUAUUGCUCCAAAGAAGCCAAAUUGGGACCUGCGAAGGGAUGUGCAAAAAAAGCUUGAUAAGCUUGAAAGACGCACACAAAAGGCAAUUUAUAAACUUAUGGAGGAACAAGAAAAAGAAAAGCUGAUUGGUGAAGAGGGCGGAUCAGCUGAGGAACAAUAGAAUUGUAGUUUAUUGGGCUACAUCUGGUGAAAAGAGCAAACAGCUGAUGAUUAGUGUUAAUUGAACCCUUUUAAUCACCCAUCAAGAACAGAAUCGUAGUUUGUUGGCCUACCCAGAAGCUAUAGCUUAGUGAAGAGAACCAAUUUGUUUGAUCAGAAUUCAAACAAAAUUUUAAAUUUUGUUUCUUUGUACCUAAUAUGCAAUACAUGAAACAUGUUGUAAUUUCAAUAGGCUAAACGCGCAAACUAAUGUUUCAUUU